AUGGAACCAACGAAUGGUGAAAGUUUUCCAAUCGAAUCAAAACCGAUAUCUCCAACAACAGCAGUCUUCGUCGAUUCCGAAACUUUUGGAGAAUUUUCAAUUUCAGAAGCGACAGCAACGACGACUGCUGCGACGAUCACAACAUUGAAAAUCGACUCGAAGAAAAAUUGGUAUAAAAAUGCGUUGGACCAUGUCGAAGAUGCUGUGCAUAAAGUGGUCCCCGAGAAAUUGCGUGAGAAUAAACAAUUAGCCCAUGCAUUUGAUAAGCUUGACGAACAUGUGAAAAUGACGAAUACCGAUAAAAUUCGGUAUCCUGAAUUGGAUUGGGAUGCAACGGUUAGAAUAUCACAGGAUAUAUGCGACGAAGAAAAGAAAUUUGUGCUAGAACGCAAAGAGUUUAUGCGGGAGAAAUUCGCCAAAUAUAUUGAUGUUGACAUAGAUGAGAUUGAUAUUCGUGAUAUUCCGAUAAUAGCUUUUGGUGGAAGUGGUGGUGGAUUUCGGGCAAUGAUUGCAACCACAGGCUAUCUUCGAGCAGCUCAAGAUUCUGGUGUAUGGGACCUUGGAACCUAUUUUUCAGGUGUAAGCGGCAGUUGCUGGAAUAUUGGUGCACAAUACACUUCGGUAAUUGCAGAUACCGAAAACCCUCUCCAAGAAUUGAUCGAUCACUUUAAGAAACGACUCAAUGUUCCAGUUUACCAUCCGCAUGCUUUAUUGAAAACAUUGACUCGAACAAAUUCUCCUGAAACUGCUGUUGAGCUUGUUUUUGGUGGAUUGGCACAGAAAAAAUUACUGAAUCUUAAGUGUAGGAUUAUUGACGUCUUUGGCUCAUUACUUGCAUCUCGUCUUUUACUUGGUGAAGAAUCUACGAAUCAAUAUCAAGAUUUCAAAUUAAGCGCACAAAAAAGAUUUUUGGCCGGCGGGAAGAAUCCGAUGCCUAUUUAUACCACAAUCCAUCAUUUUCGCCCCUGGAAACACUCUUUGACGUUCGAAGAAGCUGCCACAUUACUUGAUGCUAAAAAAAUUUUAGAAGAACACGAGAAAAAGACCGACCAUUUUCAAUGGUUUGAGUUUACACCAUUUGAAAUUGGAUGUGAUGAAUAUCCAGCAUGGGUUCCAACUUGGGCUUUUGGGCGGCGAUUUGAAGCAGGAAAAAGCUUGGAACGUUUGCCAGAGCGAAAUUUUUCUCUGCUCUUUGGCGUGUUUGGUUCUGCGCCUGCAGCUCCUCUCAGUAAAGAUAUUGAACAAUUUGAGCUUUUCUUACCUGAGGGAUGGCUCAAAAGAACUUGGACAAAUUUAUAUGCGGAAGUAUUUGACAAAGCAGGGAAAGAAAAAAAAUUGAGAUUUGAAGGACAUCAGAUUAUACCUCAGUCCACCGAUAGAAACUUCAUUUAUCAUUUGCACCCGCCGCCGUACACACCAGGCGUGCACACAUUACCAUUAAUCGAUUUCGUGGAUGCUGGGGCUUCGAAUGAUCUCCCACUUUAUCCGUUUACACACCUUGGACGCAAAAUCGACAUUAUAAUUGGCAUUGAUUCGUCGAGUCAAACAAUUGAUCAUAAGUAUUUUGAAGGCGAACAAAAAUUAUUUACAUUGCGUCGUGGACUAAAACGCGUAAGACGUGAAGGAAUUCCAGAGAGCAAAUAUAUAGAAGUCUACGACUAUAUUCCAACGAAUAAGACGGACAAUGAUUAUACACCUGCCGCAAAUCAUGAAUCAACAUUGAUUUAUAUGCCAUUCUUGCCGAACGAAAAAGUUGAUAAGGAUUUCGUGCCUAGUACUGAGAAAUUUACUCGGUUCAAUAAUUUCGUUUAUACACCUGAUCAAAUUGAUCUUGUUGUUAAAUUGGCAAGACAAAAUUGGAAUGAAGGCGAACAAAUUGUAAAGUCUGUUAUUAAAAGUUGUUGGGAAAAGAAAAAAGCGGCGAGAUUAAGCGGAAAUAAUUCUUGA